CCUCAAACGCUUGCUGCUCUCUACCCCAGGCGUGAGCCGCUCCACAGAGGUGCUCCACACACACUCUCGACAUCUCUCUUGGACGGCGAGGACGCUUUUAGAAACUUGUGAGUGAGCGUGUGACAUUGAACCUGGAGGAUUCUGGACGCUGACAACUGGCUGGGAGGCUAUGGGAGCUGCUCAGAUGAAGCUAAGGCAAAGCUAAAGGACAGGUACUGAGCAGACAGGUGCAGCAAACACAGUGCACACCUGCUGAGGAUCUAUAAGGGUCACCCUCUGAUCUCCCAGCACUGAGACAGGGCGACAUGGCGGAAGAGGAGGGUGCCGCGAGGUCCCAUAGGAGGGCCUGGAGCUUCAGUUCCCUCCGUAUCAAAAGGAAACCGUCUGAUGGUGAUGGAGGUGGCUUUUCUGUUAGGAGAGGUCUGCGUUCUUUUUCCUCUGUUCGGGAUGGAGUGCGAAAGGGGAAUGAGGACUUGCCUUCAGGAACCUUCAAAGAAGAUGCUACCGACUAUUUAUCAGCUCAGCCCACAGAGAUAGCAGAAGGUGGAUUCACAGGGACUGAGGAUGAGGAGCCAGGCAGCAUGAUGAAAAAGAGGCUCAGCUCUGCCUGGUCCUCCUUCAGGGGGAAGCUCAGCAGAGAUAGGGUGAAGGAGGCAGAGCCUGCUCUAGCUGCUGACCUCGAUCUCAACGACAGCAAAGGCAAGGAGCCGCGCUACUCCAGUGCACAGUUUUUCUUUGAAUACCUGGUUGUAGUCAGCCUGAAGAAGAGCAAAGAGGGAGCAUAUGAGCCUCAGAUCACAUACCAGUUCCCUAAAAGAGAUGGUUUGGUGCGUUUCCAGAAAGAGGAGCAGGAGAAGACCUUUAAGGCCAUCACCCUCUUCUGCUUUCCCGAAGGCAUCAACUGGGCCCCCCUUACGGAGUACCGCAGUGAGACUUUCUCCUUUGUCUUGACUGAAGUCGAUGGCAGCCGUAGGAAUGGCUAUUGCAGGAGGCUAUUGCCACAUGGUAAUGGGGCGCGCCCUCCAGAAGCCUACUGCAUAAUCAGUUCGCUGGCCUGCUUCGGUCUCUUCUCUAAGAUCUUUGAUGAGGUAGAGAAACGGCGGCAGAUCUCCAAGGCAAUGGUGUACCCCUUCAUGCAAAGCCUGCGAGAGGCACCGUUUCCUGCCCCUGGCAACACUGUAAAGAUCAAGAGCUUCAUCCCUGAUGCUGGCACAGAGAUAAUCAGUCUGACACGGCCGUUGGAGUCAUGGCUGGAGCACGUUGAUUUCCGUACGCUGUUCCGUUGCCUCAGUGAUGAGGAAGUGGUGCAGGUGUUCGCUGCCACCGUGCUGGAGAGACGCAUCAUUUUUAUUGCAGAUGAGCUCAGUACCCUGUCUCAGGUCAUUCAUGCUGUCGCCGUACUACUGUCCCCGUUCACGUGGCAGCACACCCUAAUCCCCAUUGUCCCCGAGAUCCUCAUCGAUGUCGUCAUGGCACCAACCCCAUAUCUGCUGGGUGUGCAGAAACGAUUGCUAGAAUUUGUUACGGACCAAAGUGAUCUGCUGGUGGUUGACUUAUCAGAGGACAGACAGGAAACGUUCAUCGCAAAAAUUGGAGACGAGAAGACUAUUCUUCCACACAAGCUUCAAGAUGAAAUUCUGCAGGCACUAAAGACUAGACCAAAGGAAGCUACUGUGGAGGAGCUGAAUAGGGUGGUGCCCGCAGCCUUCUUCCCGUUCUUCAUCAAAACGGUCGGCCAUUUCUCUCAUCACAUCCUGCGCAAGCCUGGUGAGCCGGGGGUCUUCCAGCAGAGGAACUUUUGCAAAGCACUGGAAUCCAAGAGCACUCGCCACUUCGUCAAGAAGUUUGCCCAGUCACAGAUGUUUGACCUCUUCAUCCAGGAGGUGGAACAGCAGCCUGCUUCUCAGGAAGGGUUUUUCCAGAAGAAGGUUGUUGAAUAUCAUCAGAAGAUGAAGAAGGAGAAGACAAAGAAACACUAAAAGAGAGGGUGUUUAUUCUCUUAAUACUGUGGAAAGAAAUAAGAAUGUGACAUGGGAGGUUUUAUCAUUUCUAGGAAUGUACAUUUUAGGAGUAAAAUUAUUUGUAGGUUAUUUAAAUUGUUUGUUGUAGGAUAGUGUGACUGAGACUGGAUAUCGUAGAGUGACUGAGGUCUUCCUUGUGUAUGUUUUAUAAUGUGUAUGUGCUACUGUCUUGUUCUGUACUUUCUUAAUGUCUGGCUGGUCCUCAGCAUAGACAGGGUCUUGUGGACUGUAAACAUGUGUGCUCCUGGUGGUACCGGAAACUGAGCCAUUAUUGUCACCACAGAGUAUAAUAAUAAUAAUAAUAAUAAUAAUAAUAGGAGGGGUUUUUAAUGGUACUGUUGAUAAUGUUUUAUAAUAUUUUUUGCAAUAAAAAUGAACUAGUAAAAAUGCUAACUGCUGUUCCCUUACCAUUAGGUUAGUGUUGAUCUGCCAUCUUCUGGCCACAUGUGGUACAAUAAAGACCAUGAAAGAGA